AGGAGCAGAAGUUCCACAGCAUUCAGUCAAAGAACUGUGCUAGAUAGAUUGAUUUUAGCUUCUUAGAAUUAAAGCAUUUCGCUGAUAUUCAGAAUGGAGCCCAGAAUGGAACACUCUGGGCUCUUAAGAUCACAGAUUCUACUGAAUGAUUAUUACUGCCCUGACCAUGCAGCCAUUUGUAACCAAACCUCCUGUGUUUUGCCACCCAGUAAUUUCAAUGCCAUUUUAAACACAGUAUUAAGCAUUGUGAUCACAGUCAUGUUAGCCCUGGUCAUGUUUUCAAUGGGCUGCACAGUUGAAGCUAAGAAAUUCUGGGGCCACAUAAGGCGUCCCUGGGGUAUAGCCGUAGGAUUUCUUUGUCAGUUUGGGAUAAUGCCGCUGACAGCCUUCGUCCUUUCCCUGCUUUUUGACAUUCACCCAGUUCAGGCGGUUGUAGUUAUAAUUAUGGGCUGCUGCCCGGGAGGAACUGGCUCCAACAUCGUCGCAUACUGGUUAGAUGGAGACAUGGACUUGAGUAUAAGCAUGACAACCUGUUCCACACUCCUCGCAUUAGGCAUGAUGCCUCUAUGUCUCUUCCUCUACACUAGAACAUUUGUGGAUGCCAGCUCCAUUGUUAUUCCUUAUGAUAGUAUUGGUAUUGCAUUGGUGGCCCUGGUUGUUCCCGUUGGAUUUGGAAUUUUUGUUAACUAUAAAUGGCCAAGAUAUGCAAAGAAAAUACUUAAGAUUGGUUCGAUCACUGGUGGCCUUCUCAUUCUUAUCAUUGCCAUAAUUGGUGGAGUUUUGUACAAAGGAUCAUGGGAAAUUGCACCUAAGCUAUGGAUUUUAGGAACAAUAUUUCCGCUUUGUGGCUAUGCGUUUGGAUUCAUUUUGGCUUAUAUAUCUAAUCAGACAUGGAGCAGGUGUCGCACAGUCUCUUUGGAAACCGGAAUGCAAAAUACUCAGCUUUGUACAACAAUUAUUCAGCUUUCAUUUACACAAGAAGAGCUUAGCUUGAUGUUCACUUUCCCACUUCUCUACAGCAUUUUCCAAAUUGUAUUUGCUAUUUUCCUAAUAAUAGGUUACAGAUUGAUGUUACGGUUCACUCGUGACAAAACAGAAAAUAAGGCUGAUCCAGUGGAUGGAGAAACAAAUGCUGGGUUUCAAAUGGAGGACAAAUUAAGCAACGGAGAUGUCAGUGACAAGCCAGAACAAUGCCAGAUUGAAAGUGAUAAGCCAGAACAAUACCAGAUUGAAAGUGAUAAACCAGAACCAUACCAGAUUGAAAGUGAUAAGCCAGAACCAUACCAGAUUGAAAGUGAUAAGCCAGAACCAUACCAGAUUGAAAGUGAUAAGCCAGAACCAUACCAGAUUGAAAGUUGAACGUAUGAAAUUAACUUUUGACAGGGGUUUAUCUUUUUCUAUUGGGCUGAGAUGCCAAAUAGGAAAUCAGAGGCACAUGAUGGCAAAAUCAAACCAAGCCUGCAGUAUUUAUUGCUUACCAUUUUAGAUCCCCCCCAUAUGAUGUCUCAAUAAAUAAGGAAAGGUUCCAAUGAUCCUUUUUCAAGUAGAGGUGCUUUUUUACACCACAAUGAACACUGCAUCUCCAGUACCAGUUGCAUUCCCUGUAACUGUGGCACAUUGUCAACUUUUUGUCUAGGACUUUGUACAUCAUGCUACCUUAGAUGGACUAUUUACUGUAUAGUGAUAUGAAAUAGCAAUGCAUUUCCACAUUAAAAGUAACACUGAAAUGUCUUCCUGUAUAUACUAAUAAAUUAUUGUGUACAUUAUA